AUGCAGGCUAGAGACGCGUCCGGCGCUGGGUCAGGCAACCCCGAGUUGAUCGACUUCUUCAAGCAAGGGCCUCCUGUUGCGCAUAGCGAGGGCGAGCACCGCAUCCCACGAUCAGUUGCACCAUUCCGCUCGACUAUGGACUCAGAAGACUUUGAAGAGGCUGGGAGCGCUGCUGCCGCUGCUUCCGCCAAGGCGUCAGAGAAUUCGCGCACGGGCCUCCUCCCGCCGUUGAACGUGCGUCAGAACCUCACAGUCCCCGGGCAACACAAGCCCAUCCGCAGGAGCCGUGUGAGGGAUCCUUACGCCAUAGAGAGUGACGACGAGGAGGAGGAUCCCGCCCCGCCCCCGCCGCGCAGAGAAGAGAUGGACUUGGCGGACUUCCUGACGAGCGUGGAGCCGCCCCUCAACGCCCCCCCUCGUCCUGUCGAGGUCCGAUCGGCCACCCCUCCGGUCUCCUCAGCUCCCGCCACACCAGCGGUAAUCUCGUCCCGCGCCGUCGGCGGGCCGCGCGCAAAGUCCCUGGCCAAGCCGGCGGGGAGCAAGGAAAUGCGGAGGGACAACACGUCGGACCUCGCGGACUUCUUCAAGACGACCGCGCCGCCCUCUGCCGCCCCUGGGAUCCCUCGUCAGGCUAGCGCUGGUGCCGGAGGCCAGAGCAGCCCGCCGAAGAAGCGCCACUUCUGGCAGAAGAAGGCGCCGGCUGCUGGCGCUGGCUUGACGAGGAGGACGUACUUGGACAUGCCGUGA